AUGCCACUGAAUGUUCAUACAGGUCAGCGGGAGCCGGGCGGGGAGGACUCGGACGGCGGCAGCGAGGAGCUGGUGCUCACCCCGGCGCAGCUCAUCCGCAGCCUGGAGCAGGCCUGGCUGAACGAGAAGUUUGCCCCAGAGCUGCUGGAGAGCAAACCCGAGAUCAUUGAGUGCGUCGUGGAGCAGCUGGACCACAUGGAAGCAAACCUGAAACGGGCAAAGAGAGGAGACCUGAAGAUCAGUGUUCACCGCAUGGAGAUCGAAAGGAUCCGCUACGUGCUCAGCAGCUACCUGCGGUGCAGGCUUGUGAAGAUAGAGAAGUUUUUCCCCCACAUCCUGGAGAAGGAGAAGUCCCGAGCUGAAGGGGAGCCUUCCAUUCUGUCACCAGAGGAGUUUGCUUUUGCAAAAGAGUACAUGGCAAACACAGAGACAUACCUGAAAAACGUGGCCCUGAAACACAUGCCACCCAACCUGCAGAAAGUCUCUCUCCUAAAAUCAGUUCCGAAGCCCAACCUGGACUCCUUUGUGUUUCUGAGGGUGUUGGAGCGGCAGGAAAACAUCCUGGUUGAGCCAGAGACAGAUGAGCAGAGGGAGUACACCAUCGACCUGGAGGAGGGCUCGCAGCACUUGAUCCGCUACAGGACCAUCGCCCCGCUGGUGGCCUCGGGAGCCGUGCAGCUCAUCUGAGGGGCGAGCGGUGAGC